AUGAGCGGAGUUUCUGUUUCUGUGGAGCAUGUUGUUGGCAAUCAAAUAGGUAAGGGACUUCCACACUAUUUUGUAGAGCUUGGAGAUAAAGAUAUAACAAGCUUUGAGACUCAGAAUUCACUUUAUAGGGCUGAGGAUUAUGACCAUUUGCUGUUCUGUUUGGAAGAGCGCUGGCAAGAUGGCGACUCUGCUUUUGAUCCUCUGUUUGUACCGUCCUUUGAUAUCAUAAUUGUGCUAUUCACUUUGAUAACUGUAUCGGAUCACUACAAGGCUACUGUAUUGACUCGCAAUGAGCCUUACAACGUAAAUAGAGUAUCAUACAGUAAAAGGGCAAUCAAAAUUCUAAGAAAGUACUUGCGCAUUUUGCAACAAUUCGAUACUACCAGGUACGGAACGUAUAAACUGGAGCUUUUAAGGUGCCAGAUGUUCUUAGCUAUCGAAACAGUUAACCCACAUUUCAAAUAUUUACAGAACUGCAGGUCAGUGAAAAAUUCCACAAAUGAGAAUGUUUAUUAUAAACCGGAUGCAAUGCCAGAGAAUAUUAUAAGGCGCGGCAUAGUUAAUCCUUAUCGUUCUUUUAUCAGUUGUGUGGAAACUAAAAAUCCAAUUUUUGGUAAUAUACCAGUAAAUUUCAAACUUAGUCAAAGAGGAGGGUUGAGCAAUGCCAUUUUAUGGACACUAGCUAAUUCGAUACAAGAAGAUGAUCUACUGUUCCAUGACGCUUAUGAGAUAUGGAUACCACUAUUCGACAUCUUCAUAAGUAUACUAGAAAUACGUCAAGCAUAUUUUUUAGAGAAUGAGAUAGUAAAGAAGAUUUCAAAGGAGUUACGCAUUCAAAAAUUGAUGGAAAGUCCAAUAUGCCAAUUUCUUUCAUUUGUCGAUUCCAUAAACUUUAACCCACUCUUUUGCGAAUACGUGUUUGUCAACUGUGAUUACACAUUAAUUAAUAGAGAUGCGGCACUCACUAUACAACCGGUGUAUAAAGGCGAAACACAGCCAACUGAAGUGUACUAUCAGAGGGUAAAGUAUACCAAACAGUUCAAAGCAAAAGUCUCAAUGAGGAUAAGGAGGCGCUUCAUCUCUUUAUGCUUCAAUAUUCUUGGCUCUGUACCAACGGGAUUACAUUUACCGAAACCAAGAAUACAUAAGAAAAGGCUAUUAGUAGAAAUGUCAAGAACAUUGAGUACAUUCCAAAACAUUGUCGAAUUUGAGGAGUUCUUUACUUUUGAUUAUGAAGAAUUUAUGUUCCACCUUAUAGAGAGAACGUUAUAUGAGCUCUUCAAGCAAGAUAGAAGGACCAUUGUCACAGAAAGGCCUUCAUUGAUUAGUGGGAAAGAUGACUUGAAAACCUUCUUUAAUGAGAUAUUAGCACUGUUUAAGGCGGGCGCUUUUACGCCUGAUGUCAGAAUUAAUGGAUUACCUCCGCAUGAAAUUAUAGACAAUGCAGGCCAUGUCAAAAAUGAGAAAUUACGCCUUCAAAAGAUUGAUGUCUGUAUAUGUACAAUUUUGAGAAAUGUAUUACAGGGCCAAGCUAAACCUCUAUUAGUAGAUUGCAAAAAACUUCUAAUCAAGGUAUCCAAGCGAAUUAAUAUCGCGAAUGAGAAAAGACUAGAAAUAGAUACGGCAUUUCCACAGCUGAAACCAUUUAUAGAUUCAUUUAUUUAG